AUGGUAAUGCAGGGCAAGCGCAAGUCGUGGCAGCGGGGCUCGCAGUUCCGGUCGCGCCAACGAGCAAAGGCGAUGGCAGUGGCGCUAGGAAUCGUGAUUGUCAUCACGUUGGGGCUUUUGUCACUUGUGAGCAGCCCCUCGAACUUGAGUGUUGAAGGCGAAGUCGGGCACGUGACGCGGCAUUUGCGAGAGCUUUUGCUGGACCCCAAUGUCCACGGACAUGGCGUGUUGAUGGAAGCACAACGGCGACGAACUAUUAACGGGGAGCCGCGGGGCAUGAUGAUGGAGGCCCAAGCGUUGCGCGUAGUCGGUCAAAAUCCUGCCGUAACGAUGGCGGCAGAUACUAAGACGACCUCCACCCGUGCGCACCCGGCCCACUAG